GUGGGGAGCCCCGGGAUGUCCCGGGGACCCCAAACCCAGCAGAGCGGAGAACGUGCAGCGCGGUGCCGGAGCGGGGCGCGCCCCUCGGCCGUGCAGGGGUUAACCGCCUCCGGGGCCGGCCCGAGGACGCCCGGUGCUCCGGGGGUGGCAGUGCCGCCCGCCCCAGCGCUGCCCGUCCCCUGCCCGUCCCCUGCCCGCCGCUCCCGGCAUGCAGCGCGGCGCAGCCAUCUCUAUAUAGCGGUAAAAAUAGCCGGGCGGGAGCGCAGGCAGCGGCCCGGCCCCGCGCCCAGAGGCACUUCCACAUCACCCUCACCCUGCACCCAUGGGCCAAGCACUGCACUGGAUCAGACCCUGAGCCCACAGCAAAGAGUAGGGCUGCCCCCAGCCCUCCGUGGCCCAUCCAAGCCUGAAGUGCUCCUGUGCCUGAAUCGCGGCAGCAUGUCGACAGAAAAACUCAAGCACCACAAAAUCAUCUUCGUGGUGGGUGGCCCUGGCUCAGGGAAGGGGACCCAGUGUGAGAAGAUUGUGCAGAAGUAUGGCUACACCCACCUGUCCACGGGGGACCUGCUGCGGGCAGAGGUCAGCUCAGGCUCGGAGCGGGGCAAGAAGCUGCAGGCCAUCAUGGAGAAGGGCGAGCUGGUACCCCUGGACACAGUGCUGGACAUGCUGAGGGAUGCCAUGGUGGCCAAAGCAGACGUGUCCAAGGGCUUCCUCAUUGACGGCUACCCCCGCGAGGUGAAGCAGGGAGAAGAGUUUGAGAAGAAGAUCGCCCCCCCCACGCUGCUGCUCUAUGUGGAUGCGGGGAAGGAGACAAUGGUGAAACGCUUGCUGAAGCGAGGUGAGACCAGUGGGCGGGUGGAUGACAACGAGGAGACCAUCAAGAAGCGUUUAGAGACCUACUACAAGGCUACUGAGCCUGUCAUUGCCUUCUACAAGAGCAGAGGCAUCGUCCGCCAGCUCAACGCAGAGGCCUCCGUGGAUGAGGUUUUCCAGCAGGUCUGCACCCACCUCGACAGCCUGUAGGCGAAUCCCCAGCCCCAGGCCCCCCGGCACACUCCGGCAGAGACAGCGGAAGAGGCUUUAUCCUGUUUUCGUGGACGGAGCCGUGCGGAGGAAAUUUCAAGGACAUUAUGUUUGGCUCUUUCCCGUCUCUCCCCAGUAAAGUUCACUUUAAUGA